AUGGUGUACUGUGAAAUAAACACAAACCAACAUUUUGAACCGGAAUCUCAAAUUAUUGACCAAGACCCAUUAGAUGGUUUUGGUGAUGUGAAUGAAGAGAAAUUUUAUAAAUUAGAACAAUCUGUCUUUGCUGAGUCCAUUCAGUUUACAAAAAUUGACUUUGAGAGGGAAAAUGGUGAUAACGCAGACAAUGAAUUUACAUUUCUUGAUAAGGUGACAGUAGAAAAGAAAAUUGGUAAACGAAAUAAAUAUCAUAUUGAAUUGGAAGAUGACUCUAAACCAGUCUGCCCAGAGGCUAACUGCAACAAAAAGUUCACGUCCUUGACUCUCUUGAAAGCACACAUACGUAAAGUGCACUGUGCUGUGCAGAGUCACACUUGCGAGCUCUGUGGGGCGCGCUUUAAGGCGAAGUACCUGCUGGCGAGACACAUGUCCGUGCAUACGAGGAGCACGAUACAAUGCCCUGUGUGUAGCGCACAGCUAAGCAAGAGGACCAGUCUGUCGGUGCAUAUGCGGUUCGUACACAGGCAGGGGGCCCUCAACUGUGAUAGGUGUGAUAAGAGGUAA